UAUUCAAGUCAGCAGAUUAAAAUUUCAUUAUCCCCCGAAACUGCACAGAAUCGACCUGUUUGUCGGGCAGAAAUCCAAUAUCUUGCAUGUAUGUGUGUGUGUGUGUGUGUGUGUGUGUGUAUGUUCACACACAUACAUAGAUUCACUCCCUCUCCAUCUCUUCGGUUCUCGUUCCAGAAUUUUGCACAGACAAGACUUACUGAGAAGUCUUCUCGGCUCGAUCUGAGCUACAGAUGGGGAACGCGAUAGCAUGCUUCGCCCCUAAGGAGAUCACGACCACAAGGAGAUCACAAGCCGACUACGGGAGCAGCUUGUUUUCUCGUUCUACAUCAAAGAAGGCCCGUAAGAGCUAUAAGGAGGAGCAGGACGCGGUGGUCCAUGAACAGGCACUUGCGGCGGUCUUGCUGUUAAAGCAGUACCACCAGAGGAAUAACGGUAGCUUGACGGAUCGUCUUCCCCUCAAUUGCUCCAAUUCGGUCGUGUAUCCUUCUCCUGCGAAGAGCGGUAUCCAUAAGCAGAGCUUGACUAGAAGCUCGACAGCUAGGCAGGCUUCGAGCUCCGAUAGUUCCGCCACCCUUAUCCCAAGAAAACCUGAUCAGCAGGCGAAACAGGCUGUGGAGAUUGAUGAGGUUGAGACCAGGCACUUUGUUCUGGUCCAUGGAGGCGGGUUCGGGGCGUGGUGCUGGUACAAGACCAUGACUCUCUUGAGCGAGGCCAUGUUUAGGGUUGAUGCCGUGGACUUAACCGGUUCCGGAGUCCAUCCCUCGGACCCAAACUCUGUGCAGACCAUGGAACAGUACGUAAAGCCGCUAGUCGACAUCCUCGACAAGCUCGGAGACAAGGAGAAGGUGAUCCUAGUGGGACAUGAUUUUGGGGGAGCUUGCGUCUCCUCCGUGAUGGAACUCUACCCAUCAAAGAUUGCGAAAGCCAUCUUUGUUGCAGCAUCAAUGCCGAAGAAUGGCCAGGGUGUUCUCGAUAUUUUUUCACAUCAGGAAGGCCCGAGCGAUCUAAUGAGACGGGCGCAGGUGUUCCUGUAUGGAAAUGGGAAGGGUCAGGCGCCGACUGCCAUUGAUCACGACAAAGCCCUGCUGAAAGACUUGCUGUUCAACCAAAGUCCUGCAAAGGAUUAUGCUUUGACGUCGGUGUCAAUGAGGCCGAUCCCUUUUGGACCAGUUCUUGAGAAACUCUCGCUCUCAGAAGCAAACUAUGGAUCUGUUCGCCGGUUCUACGUCGAGACUCAGGAGGAUUGCGCGAUCCCUGUGUCGUUUCAAGAGUACAUGACCGAGACGAAUCCACCAGAGAAGGUUUUCCGUCUCAAAGGCUCCGAUCAUUCUCCGUUCUUCUCGAAGCCUCAGGCUCUGCACAGAGUCCUAGUAGAGAUAUCGAAAAUCCCCCCGAAGCGGGAAUGAAAUGAAAUCCGCAUUGCGGCUUUGUUUUGAUGCAGUAAUCUUUACUCGAAAGCAAUAGAAAUUAAAACUCAGAUUGAUUCA